AAAGAUGAACAACUUUGAUGAAGUUAUCAUCAAGAAAUGGAAACACACACCCUCAUACUUCCUACAUAUUCUCCUCUUUCGACUAAAUCCAUUCUUGUUCGAACUCGGCUAUUUCGUCACACUCUCUUCCGUCGGUUUCUUGGCUCUAAAGUCAACUUCUUCGAACCCAGCCCGAAAAAUCGAUCUUUUCUUCACUUCCGCGUCUGCAGUAACCGUUUCCAGCAUGUCCACACUCGAAAUGGAGGUUUUCUCGACCACGCAUCUCGUCAUCUUGACCGUCCUCAUGCUUCUCGGCGGAGAAGUUUUCACCUCGAUGCUCGGUCUUCGUUUAACGAAGGCCAAAAUAAAUAAUAAUCAAAUUCGAUCACGUCAGAUGAUCGCCGAAUUCGAUCGUUCCAAUAGCGAUGUUAAUAUGAAACGUAAAUGUAUCGAGAUUUUGGCAUCUUUGGUUACGUGGUACCUACUCGCGGUUCAUGCAGUGGGGUCCGCUUCGAUUGUUGUUUACUUGAGCCUCGUUCCGAGUGCACGAAGAGUGCUCGAGAGAAAAGGCAUCGGCAUGGGAAUAUUCUCCGUGUUUACCGCAGUUUCCACUUUUGCGAAUUGUGGCUUUGUCCCGACCAACGAAAAUAUGAUUGUGUUCAAGAAGAACUCGGGGCUGCUGCUCAUUCUAAUCCAACUCGUCUUCAUGGGGAACACGUUGUACCCGGUUUGUUUGCGUUUAUUAAUUUGGUUUACGGAGAAAGUGACGAAGAGAGCUGAAUUGAGAUACGUGUUGGAGAAUUCCAGGGAAUUGGGAUACGGGCAUCUGAUGCCCGGAUUGGAAUCGGUUUACCUGGGAAUCACUGUUUUAGGGUUUGUGGUUGUUCAGAUGGUCGUCUUCUGUUCGUUGGAGUGGAAUAAUAAUUUUCUCGGGGUUAGUAAUUAUUACGAGAGAAUAGUGGGGUGUUUAUUUCAAGUAGUGAAUUCGAGGCAUGCCGGUGAGUCGGUUUUCGAUCUCGGAGUUGUUUCUCCGGCGGUCUUGGUGUUGUUUGUCAUCAUGAUGUACCUGCCACCAUAUACAUCAUAUCUACCAAUUAAUGAGCAUCAAGUUGCUGAUGAAAAUAUUACAAAGCACAUUAUUAAUACUACAUUAACAUCAAGAAACAAGGUUUAUUACAAGUGGGAAAACAUCGUAUUCUCACAACUCACAUAUCUCUCGAUAUUCGUCAUACUCAUUUGCAUCACAGAGCGACAAAACAUGAAAACCGACCCCAUCAACUUCAACGUGCUCAACAUUGUCGUUGAGGUCAUCAGGUGAGAGUCCCUACACGAGACAAAUCAACUACUUAAUUCAUAUUAAAUCGAAUAUUUUAAUUUAAUUUAAUUUGUUUGUCUCAGUGCAUACGGGAAUGUGGGAUUCUCGGUUGGGUACAGUUGCGAAAAGCAAAUGCAUUAUAGUGGUGGUGGUGCUGCUGUGUGUAAGGAUGCAUGGUAUGGUUUUGCAGGAAGAUGGAGCGACGAGGGCAAAUUCGUACUUAUCGUUGUUAUGUUCAUCGGAAGGUUGAAGAAGUUCAACAUGCGAGGUGGUAGAGCUUGGAUUCUUGCAUAGUAUUACAUGCAUACAAUGUAUGUAUAACUUAGUGUGUGUGUGUGUGGCUUUUGAUCUGGAUCUUGAUGUAUGUCCAUGUAAAAUUUCCAUUCAAAUUAAAAGGGAAAAUAAUUGUCACACGAGGGCGAUUGUAAUUACCUAAACAAGAGGGGUAAUUUUGUAAUUUGACCUUACCUCAGGGGGUUGGCCGUAAUUUGCCCUAAAAAAAUCCAUUGAACAUAUCAUUCUUCAUACAAGUAAAACAAUCAAUUCAAGAACAGAGUUGGUUGAAGAAAUCACCACAAUUAACAAAAUUGUUCAACUUGGAAAAGAGUUUGAAGAAUACAAAUCUUCAAAAAAAAA